AGACUCUAGGAUAGAGCACUAGUAAGCAGGAGACUGGCCAAUAAAAAAACUGAACAAAUUUAUGCCCACCUAAGUUUGCAUUAUUAUUGAAACUUUUUGGUAUGCACAUUGUCAAAUACCAAUCGGCGUCUCAUAGUAUUUAGAUAGAAAGGGAAUUUCCCUUUCUUUUCUCUUUUCUCGGAUGACGCUACUGGCUUGUUGGAGGAGUUGAGAGAUAUUAGACGCGGUCGAUGCUUCUUCUUCUACAACCAUUUUACACAGCUGUUUCUGUAGAGUUUUAUUAGGCGAUUUCCAGUCGAUGUCAGCGAAGUUGUGAUAUGGAAAACUACCAAAGAUGGAAGACCAAUCUACAGCCAUGGGACGUUUGAAACAGGAACAACGAAUAACAGAGCUGAGCAACACUAAGAGUGAGAACAUCGAUACUGCCAGCAUUCCAGAAAUCAUCGACGUACUGCAUGCAUGUGAAGAGGAAAUAUUCAGUGGAUGGCAGAAUUAUCAGACAUUAUUUUGCAAGGAUUUUGUAGAGAAGCUCAGUGAGGUGUCCAAACAUGCAACUGACAUUAUUAAGGAUUCUUCUGAUAAUGCUAUUAUCCUUAGUGGCUGUGGAACGUCGGGAAGACUUGCCUUUUUCAUUUCUACCAAGAUGAACAGCUUGCUACGUGAAAGGGGAUUCCCCGAAUGCUUUGAUUACAUCAUCGCCGGGGGCAACAGGGCAUUGACACAUUCUGUUGAAGCAUUUGAAGAUAGCCCUGCAGCAGGCCAGGAUGAGCUCAUCAAGGUCUCUGAAGGAAAGAAGAAGGUUCUUUUUAUCGGAAUUUCUUGCGGACUGUCAGCUCCAUUUAUAGCAGGCCAGUUGCACUAUUGCAUGUGUCACCUAGAUACAUUCCUACCAGUCUUACUAGGGUUUAAUACUUUACACAUGGUCAGUGAUAAGACUAUAGAAGGUUGGGAUCAGUCACUCCUAUCAGUAACUGAACGUUUAAAGCUUCUGGAGAAAAAUGGCCAGGGGUAUAUUUUGAAUCCAAUUGUAGGGCCAGAAGCCAUCACAGGUUCUUCAAGAAUGAAAGGAGGCGGAGCUACGAAGUUGAUACUGGAGACCUGUUUCCUCACUGCACUUUCACAGGAAAAGAAUGAAAAGAUGAACACAGACAAUCCUUCAGCAGAUGAUUCUUUCAAGCCAGAAGAAAUGAUUACCAGUCUCUUUGAGUGCUACAAACAGGUUUGGGGGACAUCUUACCAAUCUUCAAAGGACCAACUCUCUACAAUACUGGAACAGGCUGGAAAGACACUUCUUGACAGUGGACAUGUGUAUUACCUUGGUUGGGAUACGUGGGGUGUUCUAGGGAUGAUUGAUGCUUCCGAAUGCCCACCUACCUUUGGUUCAGAUUUUGAUGAUAUCAGAGGGUUUAUGAAAGGAGGUCUUAUGUCGAUAGCAUCUUCCUCUCAAUCUGUGAACACUGCCAGAUCUCUGGAUCUACCUGAAGAUGAAACAUCACUGAAAUUCUUCAAUGCUUUUGUUCUUCCAUCCAUCACUGCCAGUGAUUCAGUUGUAUUCCUUCUGCCUUCAGAAAAUGCAAGAAUUGAUGAUGACCUGAAAACUUUAUUGCCUUCAGUAAUGGAGAAAACACAGCAUGUAGGCAUAAUCUCGCCCUCUCCCCUAGAUAAGACUCAACUUGCCAUAGAAGGAUGUGCUUUGGUUCAGCUCGGGAAUCUUCAUGAGGACACAGUGAAAGAUCUGAACCUUCAAUGGAAGAAAGUGCUCGAUGCCAGACUGGAUAGUUCUCUUUGGAGUGCAGUAUUGAAGAGUGUCAACGAGUUUGCAGUCAAGUCAGCCCUCAAUGCCAUCAGUACUGGUGCUCACAUUGCUAAAGGGAAGGUCUACCAGAACUUCAUGGUGGACCUAAGACUCAGCAAUUCUAAGCUCCUUGAUAGAGGUAUUGGAAUCGUAUCAAGGUGUGCUCAUUGUUCUAAAGAGGUUGCUAGAGAUGCUGUGAUGCGAGCGAUCUACAUGACUGAUGACAUCACUUCCUUUAGAGAUACACCCGUCUCAUCCAUCAUACACACUGCUGGAAAUGUAGAAAGGGUUGUACCUGUAGCCAUCGUCCUUGCCAUCACAACGUGUACCAUCAAAGAAGCUCUCGACCACCAGAAGAGGGCACCAAUCAUCAGAACAUUAAUUCUCAAUCUCCGAUAAGACAGAUGUUCAGGUAGUCACAUUGAACAUGUAUCGCCCAAUA